AAUGAUUGACAAUGGAAAAACACAUAAUAUGUGCAAGAAGUUAUAAAUAAAUAAAUAAAUAAAAUGUGAAAAAUUACGUGGGAAUAAUGCAGUGUUCUUCGCCAAAACCAGAGCCAAACCAACAAACCGAAAGCAAAGUCGUAAAGAGCCAGAGAGUGAACUCCACGUCCUUUUCCAUUCUUUCAUUUUUGCCCACUGCCCACACUCCCUUCUCUCUUCUCAGAUCUCCCACUCAUCUUCCUCUUUCACUUUCACUUCCUCUUUCCCAUAACCACAGACUAGGGUGGUACAGUACUAGUAGAAAUCAAAAAGAGUUUUGUAAAAAAAGAUGAUUUGGGUGGUGAUGCUAUGAUGCUGAAGAAAGUUGAUCAUCAUAGAUGAAGAAAGCUCGUGCAUGGAGGCUAGGCAUGAAAGAUUUCCUUGUCAUGCCUGGUCCUCGACAACGGCCUCAAUUAAGAAGACCAGUAUGGAUAAUUCUUUUGGUUUCAUUUGUCAGCAUUUUUCUCAUUGGUGUCUAUGUUUAUCCUGCAAGCAGCUCUGCCUCUUGCUUUCUCUUUUCUUCAAAAGGUUGCAGGGCGUUUCGUCGGCCGCCACUUCUUCCUUCGAGGCCUUUAACAGAUGAUGAGAUCGCAUCCGAGGUUGUAAUAAAGGAAAUUCUCAAGUCACAUCCUGUUCAGACAAAGACACCCAAAAUUGCUUUCAUGUUUUUGACUCCGGGUUCAUUACCUUUCGAGAAGCUUUGGGAAAAGUUCUUUCAUGGCCACGAGGACAGAUUUACUGUUUAUGUACAUGCAUCUAGGGAAAGACCAGGACAUGUGAGCCGUUAUUUUAUCGGCCGAGAUAUACAUAGUGAAAAGGUUGGUUGGGGUAAGUUUAACAUGGUUGAGGCAGAGAAGAGACUUUUGGCGAACGCACUAAUAGACCCAGCAAACCAGCAUUUUGUCUUGCUCUCUGAUAGCUGUGUACCGGUGCAUAACUUCGAAUAUGUGUAUAAUUAUCUCAUGUUUACAAAUGUCAGCUUUAUUGAUUGUUUUGUCGACCCUGGUCCUCAUGGAAAUGGUCGGUAUUCAGAGCAUAUGAUGCCUGAGGUUAAUAAACGGGAUUUUCGGAAGGGUUCACAGUGGUUCUCUUUGAAACGGCAGCAUGCAAUUAUCAUUAUGGCAGACAGUCUCUACCACACAAAGUUCAAGCUCUAUUGCAAGCCAAACAUGGAUGGACGCAAUUGCUACUCGGACGAGCAUUAUUUGCCAACAUUUUUCCUGAUGAAAGAUCCUGAAGGAAUCGCCAAUUGGUCAGUGACUUAUGUCGAUUGGUCUGAAGGGAAGUGGCAUCCAAGAGCAUACAGAGCUCAAGAUAUCACUUAUGAUCUCCUCAAGAACAUAACGUCCAUCGAUGAGAGUGUGCAUGUUACAAGCGAUGCAGCGAAGAUUACUGUGACCAAGCCUUGCAUAUGGAACGGGAUGAAGAGACCCUGUUAUUUAUUUGCCAGAAAGUUUUAUCCAGAAACUUUGAAUAAACUGAUUCACCUUUUUUCCAAUUAUACCACUGUUUAGCAUUUUUUUUUUCCAUAUCAUUAUUUUUCUUUCCUGGUUGGAUCAGCAUAGCAUUCUUGAUUCACCACCAACCCACGUCUCAGUUCUCUUAGAUAUCGAUUAGUAGAUUAUGCGAUGACAAUCAGAAACACCUGGAAUUCUUAGCCGGAUAAGAGCAUUACCUGGCAGAGGGUGAGAAGGUUAAGGCAGUCAAGUUUCAGUUUUGGUAUGGGGGCUUAAAAGUGCGGCCUUUUUUCCGAAUGCUGCUUCCUCUGUUAUCGUUACCAAUUAGGUAGUUUUCUUGGUUUUUCUCUUUGUUGGGUUAUAUUAUUAUUUAUGUAUUCACAUAUAUUUGAAACAUAAUCUUUUUGAUUUUUUUUUUCAUUGAUUUUAUGUAGAAAGAUUGAAAAUUUUGACACAGUUUUGAUAUGGAUAGCAAGAUCAAAAGGUCAAUAAGCCAUAUUUUAUUUUAUUUUUUAUCA